AUGUCUUUCUCUCUCAAACAAACCGUUCUAUCAACGCUGGUGUUGCUGCCGCUGGCGGUCGCGCACCCGACUGUCGCCAACGUUGUCGAAGCUCGCGCAGAUGCGGACCCUGUCUUCUUUGAUGACGUUCCGGAACCUACAAAACGGCGACAGGUCGUGGUAUUCGCCAACGCUCAAGGAACUCCAACUGCCACAGUUACAAAGGAGUUUUCUGUUCUACCCAAGAGCAUGUCCACAGUCCGCGACGAUUCCACAACAACUACAACAAAGACAAGGCAGGUAACCUCAACCGUCUUUGUUUCUCCAUCCGGCAACGCUUCCGCAGCUCCGGCAUCGUCUGAAAAGAAGCCAGCCUCCGCCUCUUCAAAGCCCACGCCGACUUCAGCCGAAGACAAGAAGCCCGCCCCUUCAGCAGCUACCACCUCCAAAGCCGAAACUGACGCUAAGGCAGUCAAGAAGGAGAAGGAUCUCAAACCCCUCGGAACUCUUGGUACGCUUGGAUCUUUAGGAACCUUGGGGCAUAUCGAUGACAAGCCUAAGACCACUGCAAAGCCUCCCCCUCCUCCCCCCAAACCCACCCCGUCCUCUCCUCCUCCUUCAAAAGACCCCCCAAAGCCCUCAGGCAAGAACCUCUUUGGCAUUUCGUACGCACCGUACCGAGCUGACAGACAGUGCAAAACGCAAGCUGAUGUCGAUGCCGAUAUGAAGAAGUACGCUGGUCAGUUUGGCAUUGUCCGCAUCUACGGCACCGACUGUAACCAGGUUGCCAUGCUGUACAAAGCUGCCAAAGCCAACGGCUUCAAGCUCUUUUUAGGCAUCUUUGAGCCCAAGAUUCUGCAAGACGAAACCAACAACAUCAUCAAAGCCAUCAAUGGUGAUUGGGGUGUCGUCGACACUGUCAGUGUCGGAAACGAACGAGUUAAUGGCAAGUUGUCGUCGCCACAAGAGAUGGUCAACUUGGUUGGCCAGACCCGCAACAUUCUCCGUAAGGCAGGAUACAACGGGCCAGUUGUGACAGUCGACACUUUCAACGCUGCACUCGAUCAUCCUGAAUUGUGCACGGCCUCGGAUUACUGUGCCGUCAAUGCCCAUGCGUUCUUCGAUGGUAGUAAUGUUGCUUCGAAUGCUGGUAACUGGCUCGCCGGAACUGUCAAGAACCUCAAAGCCAAGGUGGGAGGCAAGCGUGUAGUCAUUACAGAAACUGGCUGGCCCAACAAGGGUGACACCAACGCCAAAGCCGUUCCCAGCUUGGCUAACCAAAAGGCCGCCAUUGACUCCAUUCGCGCUUCCUUCAAGGAUUCGCCGGGCGAUAUUAUCCUCUUCUCUGCCUUCAAUGAUCUUUGGAAGACAAACUUCCAGGGCAGUUUCAAUGCAGAGCAGUUCUGGGGUCUUGAUGGAGCCGUCUCCACGUCAGACAAACACUAA